GCUGCCUCCCUUCGGAUGCCGCAGUUGAUUUAGUUUGAUUAUGGCCUUUUUCUCCCGAUUUCAGUUCAAUGAGUGUGAGAACAGAGGAAGUUUAUUUUUAGCGUAGUGCAAGGCAGUCAGUGUUUGUGUUCUGGAAAUUUGGUCAUUAUUCGCAUUAAAUAAUCUAACGAAUGAGUUGACUACAAGUGAGUAAAGUGUGCUGCUCUUCUGAAUCGCAAGAAGUUGAAUAUGGUGAUGUGAUCGGAAAAGGGUAUCGACAUUACAACGAAAAAGAAGAAGCCUUUAUCAGCGAUUCCGUUGGUUGGUUAACACGUAGCCCGCUGUUGUUUGUUUUGUGAUAACGGAAGCGAAAUAUUGGCAACGUUCAUUUUUAUCGCGGUUUCUGCGUGUUCCAAUUUAUACAUUUGGUGUGCAUUUUUCAGCGUUGACACAUCGUCGACACAUAGCGCGGAAGUUGCUAUUACUUCGUUUGUGUUUUGAUAUAUAGAUAAAACAUCUUCCCUCGCACCCCCGCGCCACCAAUCAGAAAUGGCGUCCCCACUGCCAACGAGGACUAUGCCUCCACCACCUCCACCAAAGCCCCAUAAGUCACCGACAUUAAAUGGGGCUGACAGAGGACACAUUUACCAGAAUAACAAUAUAAACAACAACAACAACGAACCGAUUCAGAACGGUGGUAAAACCAACUACACGGUGCCAUUCGGUGCCAGUAAUCCGUCGUUGCCGCCCGAGAAUGAACAAGUAGUGAUGACACCCCGUGGAAAGACCGCCAACUCGACGGUGCUGCUCAUUGAGCGCAAGCUGGUGCAGCAGGUCGGUGACAGGACCCACGUGGCCGGCGGUGACCAUCGAGGAAUUAUCAUCAACAAGGAUGCUGCCUCAGGUCAAAGCACAGAACGCAGCCCUGCUCAGCUUAGCCUCGAGUUUCGUGUAUUUCUAGUCAGUGCCAACACUGGCCAGCAUUCGCAAGAAUCCCGUAAAAUUCGUUUCUGGUUCCGUGACUGGCUACAGGAUGGUGAAGUGCAAGCACACGUGGCACAGGACUUUUUUCGCGAGCUCGUUAGCCCGAAAGAAUUCCCCAGAGACUACGUUGGAUUCAUCAAGAAAAUUAUGAAGCAACUACAGAAAGGAUACAACGAGAUACAGGCAAUCGAAGUGGAACUUCGAAUACUGGAGCAGACUUCAGCGCCACCUUCACGACCACCUCGUCCUGGCCAUGUGAUAUUUUGCUACGGUAAUUGUAAUAAAGCUUUCGACUCCAACCAUAACAGUUGUGGCAAAGCGCUAGGUAACGACGGUGGUGGUGGUGUUAAAAGUAAUUCCAAUAGCAUACAUCCCUCUCCAGUUCAUCAACUUGCUGAAAAAGAACCGAUUAUUCCAACCGUAUCCUUCGAGGACUCUCAGUUUGAGGUAAUUCCAUUAACACCCGAAAAGAUAUUGGAGUUGAUCGAGCAAGCCUAUCCGAAUCCCAUCACCCCGGAAGAUUUAGCCAAGGAUAACGGUUGGGAUGAAGAGGAAGUACUGCAAAUAAUGCUUCUGCUGAAGGAGCGUGGCCUGAUCAAGUCGAUGGAGUUCAAUUCAUUCACCCGUAUUCACCACGACGAUAAAGAGAUAAAAAUCGUCAAACAGAUGCCAACUAUCGCAUCCAAUAAACAGCCAACGAUUGCCAUAAUUACAGCGCAGUAUUGUGAGAAACUUGCUGUAGAUGCCAUGCUGGAGAAUAAGGAAACCUUCGUUCGCUACACUACCGUCGGAACAUCUCCCGUGUCUCCAAUCAAUGGCCUGCAGAGAACUAGGAGAAGUAGGCGACGUUUUGGUGAAUCAAACGUGUACACCCUCGGCAACAUUGGUGCACACCGUAUCGUGAGCACCAAGCUUCCAUCGGUGGGUAGCACGCGAGAAGCCAUGACAGCCGCCGGAAAUACGACAACUCGCCUUCUCGGAACAUUCCAAAAGGUGGAUUUCGUCUUCAUCGUAGGACUGGCCGGUGGUAUCCCACAUUACACCGAUUACAAAAAGCACGUCCGUUUGGGUGACGUGGUAAUUGCAUCCGUUUCAGACCAAAAUAAGAGCUCGCUAGAUGCUCUUGGACAAACCAGUACCAAACCUUACUGUUACGUCUACAACAAUCAAGGCGACGUGAAAACUUACUACCCAGUUGAUGAUUGUCUACAGACUAUUGGAAAAACGCUUCAGGUAAAUGACGAUGGCAAGAGACCUUGGGAAGUAUACAUCAAAGAGGGUUUGAUCAAUCUCAGUAAUAAGAGCAGCAGUGAUUUUUCCCGCCCAUCGCCGAAUACGGACAAGCUAUACAUGAACAUCGGCAAUAAAGAUGUAAUUGAGGUAGCACAUCCCGUUGACCAAGACGAUGUUGAUGGUAUACCUCAGUCAAGAAUUCAUAUCGGCCCGAUUGGGUCGGGAUACGAUCUCAUCAAGUCCGAUAGCCUUAGGACCCAGUACUCCCAGGAGUAUGGUCUAGUGGCAACUGACGUAGAAAUGAAUUCGGUACUUGAUAGUAUCGUCGGGAACUGCAGGGACAGUUUCAUCCUAGUUAAAGGCGUCUCCGAUUAUAAAGAUGGUACAACAUCGAAAAAAUGGCAAAGCUAUGCUUCACUUGCCGCAGCAGCCGUAAUGAAAACGAUCAUCUGUGCAAUGGACGCACCGACCAAUGUUUAAAAUGCAUUUCCAUACUAAAUAGCGUGAGUAUUCUGAAUUAACAAAGCUGUAAACUGUAACCGAUCUAGUUUGUGACAAGAGAGUACCAAAAUACUAUUUUUACGUUUAUCACGUAAGUGUUUUAUAUAUUUUUUAAAUAACUUAUUACUUAUGACCGGCAUUCAAGUGAUUCUUUGCGGAAGACUUUGAUCAACUAGCAUAUUCGAUAUAAUGAUGGUUUUAUUUAUUCGGAGUUAAAAAAUACGUAAUAAA